AUAAAUUGAAACAAUUAUGGUUGAAUGGGCUCCUGUCAAAUAGGCGAUAACCACUUUUGGCUAGGUUAUUUAAUAAAUUUUGAAGUGACAGCUUGCCGGGAAGGAGUCAACAUGUUAAGGGUUUACAGGCAGAGUAAUUUGGCUAUUUCCAACCUCGUGAGAUUAUAUGCGACGGAAGUACCAAAAAAUAUAUUAGCAGAAGAGCAAACAGGACAUUUGCAGCAAGAAAAUGGUGCGAUAUAUGACAAAAAGCCGUUCAAAAUUGACUUAGAAGGAGGUAAAAAAUAUUCAUGGUGCUUAUGUGGAAAAUCUAAAGGACAACCUCUAUGCGAUGGAACGCACAAAAAUGUUCACCUGAAAAUUAAAUUAAGGCCUGUGCGAUUUGCUGUCGAAAAAAGUGGCUCCUACUGGCUUUGCAACUGUAAGCAGACGAAAAACCGACCCUUUUGCGAUGGAACUCAUAAACAACCUCACGUUCAGCAAGCUGUCAAAUAAG